AUGGUCAAUUCUGAGGAUGAUAACGAGGACCUUGCUUAUCCUCCCGGCUUUACCACAACAAACACACAAGAACAACCAAGCGCUUAUCCACAAAGGGUGUCCGUUAACAUUAGGCUCCAAUAUCAGAUCAGUACCUCGGCACUAACAAGCUUUCAGACAGGUUCAGGCUCUAACCCAGGAGACCAUCUAGCAAAUCCCGUUGUCCCUGAUCUUGAUGAUAUAGCAGAAAUAGAAAAGGUGAGAUUGGAGCUCCCAAAGCAACUUGAAGACCGAUGCAGAUGGCUAGAAGAGAAAUUCAAGGCUUUGGAAAGCGCUGAUUACCAUUGUGGAAUUAAUGCCAAAGACUUGAGCCUAGUUCCAGAUCUAGUGCUCCCACCCAAGUUUAAGACCCCGAAAUUUGAAAAAUAUAAUGAGACCAGCUGUCUCGAAGCUCACAUUACGAUGUUCUGUCGGAAGAUGAUAGGAUAUGUUAAUAAUGAUCAGUUGUUAAUUCAAUAUUUCAAAGAUAGCCUGACUGGGGCUGCGGCCAAAUGGGAAAAAUCCCAAAAAGCAAGGAACUACUACGAGUUCCAUGAUGAAGAAGGUCAUGAGAUUCAAAGAUGCAGUGAAUUCAGGGCUCCAGUACAAGGUUUGAUGGACAAUAAGGAGCUAGAAUUCAUCGAGUAUACUGAAGGCCUAGAAGGAAAAGAUGACAGCAAGAGGGUUCCCUGGAAUUAUAACUGCAACAUGAUGAUCCCGGGAGAAGAGAACCCAAUGAGCGCUUCAGAAGAAGGUCAAGAUGUGGGUUUCUACAUGAGGAGUGGGAGGCACUAUGACCCAAAAAAUUCAAAGGCUGAGCCCACAAAAUGA